AUGGUGGUACCCGAUAGCUUGCACCGAGACUUCCUUCAUCAUUAUCAUGUCAGCCUAGAAGGAGGUCAUCAAGGUGUCGGAAGGACUUCCCGGACGAUCCAAGCGAACUUUCACUGGUGUGGGCUGUAUCGAGGCGUACAGCGUUACGUGGGGGAUUGUACCGAUUGUGAAACCGGGAAAGGAAAGCCAACUGACCAGGGAGAAUCACCAGGAAAUAUCCAGGGUACGUAUCCUUUUCAUGUGAUCUCCAUGGACCACAUCCCGGCGUUGAGGAAGUCGUUCAAGGGGAACACCGAACUGCAGAUUUGGGUCGACUUGUUCACCGGUUAUGUAAUAGCCAAGGCAGGUCCGUCGAGAGAGACACAGGCUGUGGUCGGGAAUUACGAAGAAUGCGUCUUCCGUCGCUUUGGCGCGAGCGAAGUCAUCAGACACGACGGGGAACCGGGGUUUAUGUCGGACUUCUUUCGUUCCUUCAACCGGAUCGUGAAAAUGAGACAGAGCGCAACAAUGACUUAUCGUCCACAAGGAAACGGCAAGGCUGAACGAAUGGGGCAAACCCUGACACGAGCCCUGAAGAUACGUCGUUUUUCCUGGUCCAUGGAUGGGAUCCACGGUCGACCCUUGAAGCAGUUGUUUUGGUGGGAUCGACACGCCGCCGCGAUUGCGAUGCACGGGGAUGGAGGUACCACAUACAAGAACAUCAACGAGAAUCUGCGCGAGGUGAUCAAGUCUAGGGCUGACUACCACAACGAAAACGUCAGACCACACCGGAUUGGGGAUGGCACACAGCGGGAUCACGUGAAGCAAGGCUACGCCCGUAAGCUCGCACACAUGUGGCAUGGACCGUUACGCCAGACAGAGUUGAUCAGCAAUCACGCAGCCCGUCUCGAGACCGCCGGCUCAGGAUAUCGCAUCUUCCCAAUAGUACACCUGUCGAAGCUGAAGCCAGUGCGAACAUUCCCGGAUCGACCUAAAGUAGCUUUGAACACCGAAGACGACGAUCGCGCAGAUUUUGAUGAAGAACUGAUGCCGGACGAAAGCUGGGGCACUCCACUGGACGAAGAUGAGUUCGAGCGGGUGCACCGAGAAUUCCAGGACCACUGGAAAGGCUACGAUCGACCGACAUGGGUGGCCGAAGCUGACCUCAAUUGCGCCGCCUUGUUGUACGCGUAUGAGCGCGGACGCAUCAGCCGAAACCGCUUCAACGUGAUGCAAUCACAUGAAGAAGGGAUGAACGCUGAGUAA